AUGACCACGCCGCGCUGCUUCAUCGUCCGGCACGGCGAGACCGAAUGGUCCCUGUCGGGAAAACACACGGGCACCACCGACAUCCCCCUGACGAAGAAUGGGGAGAAGCGAGUGCGCGCCACGGGUAAGGCCCUCGUCGGAGACGAUAGGUUGAUCGUGCCCAAGCAGUUGGUUCACAUCUACGUCUCCCCCCGCCACCGUGCCCAGAGAACCCUCGAACUCCUCAAUCUGAACUGUCACCAGCCCUACCCGUGGCAAUCCCAAUCCCAAUCCCAAACCACCACCUCCUCCGACCACGAACCCCCAAACCACACCACCAGCGCCGAGGUGACGAUCGACGCGCGCAUCGCCGAGUGGGACUACGGCGAGUACGAGGGCAUCACAAGCGCGGAGAUUCGGGAGCUGCGCGCGCGCCAGGGCCUGGGGCCGUGGGACAUCUGGCGUGACGGCUGCCCCGGGGGCGAGUCGCCGCAGGACAUCAUCGCCCGGGUCGACAGCCUGAUCCGCGAGAUCCGCGAGCGGUACCACGCCAAGGUCAUCGGCAAGCCCAAGCAGCCCGGCGUCACGGGCGACGUGCUGGUCGUCGGCCACGGCCACAUUCUCCGGGCCUUCGCCGUGCGCUGGAUCGGCCGCCCGCUCACUGAGACCGCCAUGAUCAUGGAGGCUGGCGGCGUCGGUACCCUCAGCUACGAACACCACAAUAUCCACGAACCCGCGAUAUUGCUGGGCGGCGGCUUCGUGGUCGGCGACGACAAGGAGGAGAUUGAGAAGAGUGAGAAGGAGGAGAAGAAAGAGGCAAAGUCGUGA